CAAUUUUGAAUCUUUCAACUUAUGUGUGGAAAGUUAUUUCACCAGCUGGAAAUGCACCAUCUAUAAUUUCAUGCGGUCAUGAAGCUACACUCUAUUUUGACGUAAUAAUUUUUUCAUUUGGAGAAUAUUUUGACAAUACUUUUACUCGUCAUUUAAUAAAUCCUACAAUAAGAAUUCUCAACGUUUCAAAUG